AUGAUCAGAGACCCUUGGUUCUUGCAGAGCAGAGACCAGCCACCCCCGAAAAGGCUCCGGAGCAAAAUCCAAGCAUCUACAAAGGAGGGUGAGGGGGGCUGCUGCUAUAAAAGAAACCAGCCAUCACGCGAAAAGCCGGAUUGUAAAAGGGAUGGGUGGGAAAUCAAAGGCUUUCUCCCCACCCACUCACCGACCCCCACCUCCAGAAAAGGAAUAGAGAGGAGGGAGAUGGGGCGUUCUCAUCCCCACCGCCGCUGCCAGCCUUACCGCUGCAAUGGAUGACUGGAACAGCAGUAAUAAACUUAUCCAGAGGCUGGAUUUUUCUAGCUGUGGCGAAGACACUGAGUUGGAAGAGGACAGUAGCAUGCAAGAGGAACAGUUAAAAUGUGGCACCCCACAGAAAAACUGGGCAUCUCAGAGCUGGCGAAUGCACUGUCCUGUCCCGGUUACCCCACAGAGGCAAAUGGAUGACCUCUCUCAGACUCUCCCAAAGUCGUGGCCAAGUCCUGUGAGGGAAUACAAAGAAUCUCUGAGAAAGAAAACUGUCCCUUUGAUGGAUUACCCUGGGACUCCUUUGCACUAUGUCACUUGGCAAAAGCUGCAACUAUGUGAUACCCCAAACACCCCAAAGAGUCUCCUAAGCAAGACAGCUUUCCCUUCACCUGUGGCCAAAUUCCCCUCCAAAGGGAUGAGAAAUUUGAGAUUCACAUCAUGCCCUGAUCCGGAGGAGCCCACCCCGGCUUCUUUGGUUAACAUUAACCCGUUCACACCCGAUUCAUACCGGCAGAUGGUGUUCCACCCCAGUGGCAAGAGGAAAGCCAGAGGGGAGCUGGAUGAUCCUAGCCAAAAAGGGAGCCCAAUGGAACUGGGGUUGCCAGCCAAGAGAUUCCUCUUACGUGAGAGCAACAUGGUUUCCCGCUACAAGAAGGAAUUCCUGGAGCUGGAGAAAAUUGGUGUGGGGGAAUUUGGAUCUGUGUACAAGUGCAUCAAACGGCUGGAUGGGUGUGUCUACGCCAUCAAGCGCUCAAAGAGACCCCUGGCUGGAUCCUCGGAUGAGCAAAUGGCUUUGCGGGAAGUCUAUGCCCAUGCGGUGCUCGGCCAUCAUCCGCAUGUUGUGCGCUAUUACUCUGCUUGGGCCGAAGAUGAUCACAUGAUUAUUCAGAAUGAGCACUGCAAUGGUGGGAGCCUCCAAGAUGUGCUUUUGGAAAAUGUGAAGACGGCUGACUAUUUUAAAGAAUCUGAGCUGAAGGAAAUCUUACUGCAAGUCUCCAUGGGGCUGAAAUAUAUCCAUACUUCUGGCUUGGUUCACAUGGAUAUUAAACCCAGCAAUAUUUUUAUAUGCCACAAGCUGAUUGGGCCUGCUGGUCAGGAGGAGAGUGACAGCGAAGACGAUGGGUUUGCUUCUUCUAAUGUGGUGUAUAAAAUUGGGGACCUUGGACAUGUGACAUCCAUAACCAAUCCUCAAGUGGAGGAAGGAGACUGCCGCUUCUUGGCCAACGAAAUCUUGCAAGAGCAAUAUUGCUAUCUGCCCAAGGCAGACAUCUUUGCCCUUGCGUUAACGAUUGCUCUAGCAGCAGGCUGUGGGCCAUUGCCCUCCAACGAUACCAUGUGGCACCACAUCCGUCAAGGCAACCUUCCACUAAUCCCUCAGCCACUGUCACGUGGCUUUACAGAACUGCUUGAGCUAAUGAUUCAUCCCGAUCCGGUCGCGAGGCCGGCGGCCACUGUGCUAACCAAACACCCUGUCCUUCGACCUUCUCUUGGGAAAGCUGCCCAACUCCAGAAGCAGCUGAAUGUAGAAAGGUUCAAAACUGCUAUGCUAGAAAGGGAGUUGAGAGCAGCCCGUCUUGCCCAGACCUUCAGAAAGAACCCGUCUUUGGAAUGUGCCCGACUACGAGAAUCUGGAUUCAGUGCAAAGCAUCAGAACAGCAAGAAGCGCUUGGUGGGAGGCAAAAAUGCCCGGUCAUUUAGCUUUACUUCUGGCGCCUAUUGAGAACCAGGCUGUUCAAGUUAUUGAAGGCAUAUUAUCCCAGAGCAACAAGUGCCUGUGGAGAAUAAGAGAUCAUAAUUGUUUUUAUCUGUUCCAUCAUGACUGCCGAAUCUCUAUCGCUACGAGAUCAUUGUGGUCCAUGACAUUGCAACAUCAUGUCUCUUGUUUGACCAGACUGUCCCACCCACUCGGCCUCUGGACUCAAGGGCCAUAGCUGGCACUGCUGUGAGGUCAAUAAAGCCUGAAGUUCAUAGGCAGAGGGGACUCUUGGUGGCAACUAUUGGCAUAAUCUCUCUUUCAACCAGAGGUGGACAAGUUGUGGCCCUCCAGAUGUUUUGGCCUACAACUCCCAUCAUCUCUCACCAUUGGUUAUGCUGGCUAGGCCUGAUGGGAGUUGUAGGCCAAAACAUCUGGAGAGCCACAACUUGCCUGCUGCUGCUUUAAACUAAGAAGUCAAUUUUCUCCCCUGGGUUCUCAGAACAGCUUAUAACUUUCUUUCCUUCCUCUAGCUUUUAUAUUGGCCUAUUUUAAGGACCUCUGUGUACAUCACGGGGGUAAAAAUAAAAGUUAGAAAUGCUGAGUGUUUCGAAGGAAAACUUCUUAAGCUUGUUCUUCUUGCAAUUGGGGAAGGGGCU